AUGGACGUCAUCAAGGGCUGUAGCGGCAACAGCAAGGGCUGUAGCUGCAGCAGCAGGGCAGCAGGGCAGCAGAGCGCGUGGCGCGCAGCAGGGCUGCAGGACGCACGGGGCGCGCAGGGCACGCAGGGCAGCAGGACAGCAAGGCGCGCGGGGCGCGCAUGGCUGCAGGGCGCGCGGGGCGCACAGGGCAGCAGGGCAGCAGGGCGCACAGGGCUGCAGGGCAGCAGGGCGCGCGGGGCGCGCAGGGCUGCAGGGCGCACAGGGCGCGCAGGGCAGCAGGACAGCAGGGCGCGCGGGGCGCGCAGGGCUGCAAGGCGCUCAGGGCGCACAGGGCAGCAGGGCAGCAGGGCGCACAGGGCUGCAGGGCAGCAGGGCGCACUGGGCAGCAGGACAGCAGGGCGCGCGGGGCGCGCAGGGCUGCAGGGCGCGCAGGGCGCGCAGGGCAGCAGGACAGCAGGGCGCGCGGGGCGCGCAGGGCUGCAGGGCGCUCGGGGCGCACAGGGCAGCAGGGCAGCAGGGCGCACAGGGCAGCAGGACAGCAGGGCGUGCGGGGCGCGCAGGGCUGCAGAGCGCGCGGGGCGCACAGGGCAGCAGGGCGCACAGGGCUGCAGGGCAGCAGGGCGCGCAGGGGAUGAAGGAGAAGGGGAGGGACGGGGGGGGUUGGUGUUGCAGGUCCCCUCCCCCCCACUGCUGCACCCGCAGCAGGGGGAGGUAGGAGAAGGGGGGGGCAGGGGGGGCUGGUGCUGCAGAUCCCCUCCCCCCCACUGCUGCUCCACAAUCCUUCACCCCCCAGGGAUGGAGGAGAAAGGGGGGGCGGGGGGGGCUGGUGCUGCAGAUCCCCUCCUGCCUCCCCCUGAACCUCCAAGCUCCUCCCCCCCUCCCAACACAGGUAAGGAGAAGGGGGGGGACGGGGGGGGUUGGUGCUGCAGAUCCCCUCCCCCCCACUGCUGCACCCGCAGCAGAGAGAUGGAGGAGAAGGGGGGGGGCGGAGGGGGCUGGUACUGCAGGUCCCCUCCCCCCACUGCCGCAUCCGCAGCAGGGGGAUGGCAGAUCCCUUCCCCCCCACUGCUGCACCCGCAGCAGGGGGGGAGGUAG